AUGACGGGCAACGAGAUGACUGAUAUUUACGCAAAGGCACCAGCCAGUACUGCUAACACCACCGCCAAUGAAACAAACCACAAGCGGUAUAUCCCGCUGGCUGCGCCCACGAAACGAUCCAUCAAGACUGGCAUGGGAGAGGGCGUGGACGAAGACGGUGAGAAGGACGAGAAGGCUGAUCGAGGUGCCAAGCAAGGCUAG